AAUUUCAUUUUGAUCUUCCUUACCACGCCGUUUUCCCAAAGUCACAUCCAAACACACCCUAAUAGAAAGUCGUUUGUUUAGCUGGUGUCUGGACUUCGAAGAAUAUUCUUAUUUUCUUCUUCUCUCUCUCAAGUCUAAACCUUCGUCGUGAUCGCAGUUCACGUUCUCAGAGAACUCACUCUUCGAUCUUCUUGGAAAAUCCAUUUGUGUUCUUCUGGUUAGAUCUCCGGUAAUUGUUCAUAUGCAGUUAUAAUCGGAGCAUGAACUGUAAAUGGAAUCUGUUGCAGGUGUUUCUAUUGGAGAAUUGGAUUGAUUUAAGGGUUAAAAUUUAGCAAUGAAUUUUAUAAUUGGAGCUUUUAAGUCGGCAUGCAACAUUUCAGUUACAUUUUCAGAUGGAAGAUCUCGAAAGCAGGUUCCGUUGAAGAAGGAGAAUGGUCAAACAGUAAUGGUCCCACUCUUCCAAAGUAAAGAAAACAUUACUGGCACGAUUUCGAUUGAACCAGUUUCAGGGAAAAAAGUGGAGCACAACGGAAUUAAAAUUGAGCUUCUUGGCCAGAUAGAAAUGUACUUUGACAAAGGCAACUUCUACGAUUUCACUUCUCUUGUUCGUGAACUGGAUGUUCCUGGAGAAAUAUAUGAAAGGAAAACAUUUCCAUUUGAAUUUUCAACUGUGGAAAUGCCAUACGAGACAUACAAUGGGGUUAAUGUACGCCUUAGGUAUGUCCUAAAAGUCACGAUAAGUCGAGGUUAUGCCGGCAGCAUUACAGAAUAUCAAGACUUUGUGGUGAGGAAUUUUAGCCCUCUUCCACCAAUCAACAACAGCAUCAAGAUGGAAGUUGGAAUCGAAGACUGCCUUCAUAUUGAGUUUGAGUACAAUAAGAGCAAGUAUCAUCUGAAAGAUGUCAUACUAGGGAAAAUAUAUUUUCUUCUUGUAAGAAUCAAGAUUAAAAAUAUGGAUCUCGAAAUUAGGCGCAGAGAGUCAACUGGGUCAGGGGCCAACACCCAUGUCGAGACAGAGACACUUGCAAAGUUUGAACUGAUGGAUGGUGCUCCAGUCCGAGGUGAAUCGAUUCCAAUUAGAUUGUUCCUGAGCCCAUAUGAGAUGACUCCAACAUACAGAAACAUAAACAACAAAUUUAGUGUGAAAUACUACUUAAACCUUGUACUUGUUGAUGAAGAGGAUCGUCGAUAUUUCAAGCAACAGGAGAUCACAAUUUAUCGGCUUGUGGAGGCAUCCUAAUUUAACUUAUGUAAGUAUCAAAGAACAUUUUUGUUGUGAGAUUCAGACGUUUUUGGACAAGAACAUUUUUUUCUUUUACUGCUCUUAUUACGCCUGUGGGACCCAUCUUUGAUAUAUAACGUUCAGAAUUGUACAGAGGAAGAAUUGUGUAUAUGGGCUCUGUUCUUGAGAUUACUAACUGAUAUUCUGGCAGGAUUUUUAUGGAUACUUUAGUCAGAGAUGGAUUCUUGCUGCUCUGGUUCGAUUCCUUUUCCGAUCUUUAAAGAUGUUUUUCUCCCUUUUGUUUUUGAUUUGACAUCCGCAAAGUCUUAAUGGGGUGAUAUAUAUAUGGAGUAACAAAUCUCUUGGUGAAAUUGAAACAUUGUGGCCAUUUGGUCUGAUGAAUUUGUCAUCGAACUAACUACUAUCAUCGAUACACAAUAACAUCUAAAAACAAUCCUAUUUAGGAACAACAAUGAUCUCAUCCAAAAACA